AGUUGCAAAGGGAGGUGGGGGGGAAAGAGAGAGAGAGAGAGAAAAAAAAACGAGAUUGGUGGGUUGCAAUCCCGGGCUUUGCUCUCUCGCCUGCCCCGGGCCAGACCCGGGUUCGGUCCUGCUGCAGAGGCGAUUCUCUGCUGGAGGCACAGAGUUACAGCUGGACACAGGGCUCAAGCACACUUAAGGAAUAUCCCUUCCUUCCUUCCUUCCUUCCUUUUCUUUUAUGUACACUGAGAGCAUCUGCACCAAGACAAAUUCCUUGUGUAUCCAAUCAUACUUGGCCAGUAAAAAAUUCUAUUCUAUUCUAUUCUAUUCUAUUCUAUUCUAUUCUAUUCUAUUCUAUUCUAUUCUAUUCUUAUAUGUACACUGAGAGCAUUUGCACCAAGACAAAUUCCUUGUGUGUCUAAUCACACUUGGCCAAUAAAAAUUUUAUUCUGUUCUGUUCUGUUCUGUUCUAUUCUAUUCUAUUCUAUUCUAUUCUAUUCUAUUCUAUUCCUUCCUUCCUUCCUUCCUUUUCUUUUAUGUACACUGAGAGCAUAUGCACCAAGACAAAUUCCUUGUGUGUCUAAUCACACUUGGCCAAUAAAAAUUUUAUUCUGUUCUGUUCUGUUCUGUUCUAUUCUAUUCUAUUCUAUUCUAUUCUAUUCUAUUCUAUUCUAUUCUAUUCUAUUCUAUUCUAGUCCUUUGUUCCUUCCUUCCUUUUCUUUUAUGUACACUGAGAGCAUAUGCACCAAGACAAAUUCCUUGUGUGUCUAAUCACACUUGGCCAAUAAAAAUUUUAUUCUAUUCUAUUCUAUUCUAUUCUAUUCUAUUCUAUUCUAUUCUAUUCUAUUCUAGUCCUUUGUUCCUUCCUUCCUUUUCUUUUAUGUACACUGAGAGCAUAUGCACCAAGACGAAUUUCUUGUGUGUCUAAUCACACUUGGCCAAUAAAAAUUCUAUUCUAUUCCAUUCCAUUCCAUUCCAUUCCAUUCCAUUCUAUUCUAUUCUAUUCUAUUCUAUUCUAUUCUAUUCCUUCCUUCCUUCCUUUUCUUUUAUGUACACUGAGAGAAUAUGCACCAAGACAAAUUCCUUGUGUGUCUAAUCACACUUGGCCAAUAAAAAUUCUAUUCUAUUCUAUUCUAUUCUAGUCUAGUCUAGUCUAGUCUAGUCUAGUCUAGUCUAGUCUAUUCUAUUCUAGUCCUUUGUUCCUUCCUUUUCUGUACACUGGGAGCACAUGCACCAAGACGAAUUUCUUGUGUGUCUAAUCACACUUGGCCAAUAAAAAUUCUAUUCCAUUCCAUUCCAUUCUAUUCUAUUCUAUUCCUUCGUUCCUUCCAGCGCCAUUGACAUCAAUGGGUUUCUACUCCAGAGACCUGCGGAAGAAGAUUACCCCGGGACCCCGGGAAGGAGCUGGCAUUGGACCAGAUCUGAUGACCUUUUGGGACAGAGGAGGGAGGAAUAGGGUGAUACAGAUUGUCAGCCAUAUUCUGUCUCAGAUUCAACUUUAACCCUGCUGCAAUCCAGAUGUAAUUAGUAAAAGUACUUUUCUUUAUUUGCAAAUGAAGUCAAGGUGUAUUCUUUCCUAGUUAUAGUCAGAGGCAGCCUGACACAUGCAUUUUCUUGAAGGGCCACUGUGCAAACUCAGGAACAGACGCAGCUGCUUUAAAGAGGGACCAGUAGAUGCACAGUGCUGUUUCUGCUUCCAGUUUUUCAAGCUUGACAACUGGGGGAUGUAUGGACUUCAACUCCCAGAGUUCCACAGGGCUAUUCUUCACAUCUCUUCAACUUGCCACGCUUGAAUAACACUCGUCUAGAGAAAUCUGUAGUCCCCAAAUUCUCAGCAACGGCCACACUGACAGAAGAAUUCUGGGAAUCGAAAUCCAGAGGCUCCUGGUUCUCCCUGUCUAUUCUCUCUCUCUCUCUCACUUCUUGAUCUGAUUCUUUUUCUCUGUUGCUCCUCUUGGCUUUUGCUUUCUCACUCCUCUCUGCUGCCUGAAUUCUAAAUUAUGUACUCCCAGAAUUCUCAGCCGUGACUGGAGAACUCUGGGAUCCUUUGUCAGUGUCCAGUCAGCACGGCCACGGCUGAGACCAAUAUCUGUGCUCCCAGAAUUCUCUGCAAUAGCCGUUCUGCCUGGAGAAUUCUGGGAAAUGAAGUCUAGAGCAGGGGUCUCCAAUCUUAGUAACUUUAAGGCUUGUGGACUUCAACUCCCAGAUGUUGUGUUCCACUCCUCCGCUGACGGCCGGGUCAGGGAAAUCCGAAUCAGGCUUGCCUCUGCAGCUCUGCCAAAGUCCUAGCAAAGUCCUCAGGGCAGGCAGGAGACCAGAAAGCGACUUCAGCAAGAUAAGGUAGACUUUGCCUGACUCAGAGAAUGCCAGAAAGCAGAUCCUUUAUAUAGGCUGUGGGGUGUGGCUCCAUGACUCAGCACUUAUCCAGGCCUGCCCCGCCCUUCCUUCUGUUGCCGCCGCCUAUCAGUUCUCCUGAAGCGAGGGUCACUCCAGUCUGCAGCUGUUGGUAAUUGACCUUCCUCAGGCACACAUGCUGUGGGGGAGGGGUCUAGUUGCUCCGUUUGCCUGGGCAUGGAGCCAGAGCUGGGGGCUGGAGGCACUUCUUCCUCCUCGGCCUGUCUGGGCAUGGAGCCAGGGCUGGGGCCAGGAGGCAUGCUAGGACAUUCCUCAGCGUUCGGAAGCAGAUAAGACAGGCCCGGCUGCAGGGAAAGCGGACGAGGCACAACACCAGAUUCCUCAGCCAGCAAAGCUCCACAAGCCUUAAAGUCCACAAGCCUUAAAGUUACUAAGGUUGGAGACCCCUGGUCUAGAGGGUCCCCUGGUUGGAGAAGGCAGUAAUAGUUCUUCUAUCUCAGCAGCUCUUUUAAAUAACCCGAUGUAAUGACAUUUAUCUCCUUGUGGCAGGCAGAUUUCUUGAGUGGCUGCAAGCCGACCAAGGUUGGACUUUCGUCAUUUCAACCAAAUUGGGACCCAAAGCCAGUAGACACAAAGAAUUGAAAGGGAAGGGAGGAAACCAAGCUGGACCAAAGUCACUCUGCCCUGGGGGAGCUGAAAUGGCCUCCAAGGAGGAAGAGGAAGACUUGAUGAGCCCCCGGGAUCGACAGGGUUAUCUUCCAGUGGAACAGCAAGAGGAGGAAGCAGAAGGACAGUAUGUGGCAAGUCCUGGAGAUGUUUCUGAAGGAACAGGGAUGAGCAACCAUGUCGGCCUGCUGAAAAACGAAGAGAGAACAUCUCAUGGGAAAGAUGUCCCAGGGAUGAAGGCAAGAUCUCCAUCUCAACCUGGGCAUGCUCCGUUCCCGGCUUCCCAACGCUGGGAUGAUUUAUUGCUGACCUCCAUUGAAAAGGCGGUCAAAACUCACCCCGGAAAAUGGAUGUCCCAGCUCAUCCCAGGCCUCAAAGACGAAGGAGAAGCCUUUGAGGACAAGGAGAUUGGAGACUACGGGAAGGUGAAGGCAGCCAUCUUGCGGGUGGACGCGAUCAGCACUGAAGUCCAGCGGCAGCAUUUCCGACGGUUCUUAUACCGAGAGGUUGACGGUCCCCGGGAAGCCUGCAGCCGUCUCUGGUUCCUGUGCCACCGGUGGCUAAAGCCGGAGAGGCACACCAAGGAGCAGAUCCUGGAGCUGCUGGUCCUGGAGCAGUUCUUGGCCAUCCUGCCCACAAAGAUCCAGGGCUGGGUCAAAGAUGGCUGCCCUGAGACUUGUGCCCAGGCGGUGACUCUGGCUGAAGACUUCCUCUUGAGCCAACAAGAAGUUGAGAGACCGACUCAGCAGGUGCCUGAGUUAUUUGAGGAGACGGGGGCGAGCUCCCCAAAGGCCAGUGACCAAAUCUUGCCAGACACUGAGCAGAGUCAACUGUGUUUGGAGGUUAAACAGGAGCAGCCUCUGGAGGACUCAUCUUCAGAUGAGCUCCACACGAGUAAAAACGAUGCCGGGAUUCCCCAAGUGGCAACGAGAGAACCUGAGCUGCUGCCUGAGGCAUCCGAGGGAGGCACCCCGGACUCCGUCCCCAUUGCAGAUGAGCCAGGAGCCCUCUCUGAAAGUCAGCAGAAGCCAGAACAUGUUGGCUUGAGAAAACUUCCAAGGAAGAGGGUUCAAAACUCCAUUUCUUUGGUGGAGGGUUACAAAAAUCUCGGCGUCACCCCACCAGAAAAGAAGAACGCCGAUGAUGAACCAGCUGUCAAGAUCAUUAUAUGCAAAGAAACUUUCAGCCAGGGUUCCGAUCACGCAGGGGAAAAAGUCCACAAAUGCUCGGUGUGCGGGAAGUGUUUCAGUCUUCGUUCGCGCCUGAUCGUCCACGAGAGAACCCACACGGGCGAGAAACCUUACACGUGCUCGGAGUGUGGACGGAGCUUCAGCGUCAGCUCCAGUCUCAUCGCCCACCGGAGAACCCAUACGGGCGAGAAGCCCUACAAGUGUUCCCAUUGUGCAAAAAGUUUCAGCGUGAAAUCCGGGCUGAUCGCUCACGAGCGGACCCACACGGGAGAGAAACCCUACAAAUGUCUGUACUGCAGCAAAAGUUUCCGCCGCAAUUCGGGUCUCGUGAGCCACCAGCGAAUCCACACGGGAGAUAAGCCGUACCAGUGCUCGGUGUGCGAGAAAAGCUUCAGUGACAUCUCCAACCUCAUCACCCAUCACCGGAUCCACACGGGAGAAAAACCUUACAAGUGCUUGGAGUGCGGGAAAAGCUUCAGCCAGAGCUCGUACCUCAACAGCCACCAGAGAAUCCACACGGGGGAAAAGCCAUACGAGUGCGCCGAGUGCGGGAAGACCUUCAGCGUCAGCUCUCGGCUCCGGAAGCACCAAAGGAGUCACACCGGAGAAAGACCUUUUGUCUGCUUGGACUGCGGGAAAACGUUCAGCGAGAGCUCCGAUCUCCUGGCCCACGAGAGGGCGCACACGGGAGAGAAACCCUUUCGCUGCUCCUUUUGCGGGAAGAGUUUUCUCCGUAGCUCCGAGGUGGUGAGCCACGAGAGAAUCCACACGGGUGAAAAACCGUACCAGUGCGGGGAGUGUGGGAAAAGCUUUAGUGUCAGCUCGCGCCUCAGCGCGCACCGGAGGAUUCACACGGGGGAAAAGCCAUUCCAGUGCGUGGUGUGCGAGAGAAGCUUCAGUUACAAAUCCCACCUCAUUACUCACCAGAGAAUCCAUACCGGAGAGAAACCAUUCCAGUGUUCCGUCUGCGGGAAAAGUUUCCGGGGAAGUUCCAGCCUAGUAGCACACGAACGGACUCACACCGGAGAGAAGCCCUACCGAUGUCUGGACUGUGGGAAAAGCUUUACUCAGAGCUCAAACCUCAUUAGUCAUCAGCGAAUCCACACAGAAGGGAAUUCCUGAGAUCUCCCUCAGAUCUCUCUGGAUUCUCAGUAGGAGCUUUCUUUUCUGAGGGAGACGUCGGUUCUUCGGUAUCUCGUCGGCAGCUCCACCUGUUCUCUAGGAGGGGCACAUUUUCGGCAAUUGUGCACUAACAAAGGGUUUCCUUUCUGAACACUGAUGAUGCAACAAACUGGCAGGUGUGUGUGUCCAUAAAUCUACCCAGACCAAAAUACAGGUAGUUUGGGGAGGUGCUGAUGGUGCGAUGUCCAGAGAAGGUGAUCAGAAGCGUAGAUAGAUGGUCACACCUGUUCAGAAUCCACUUCGCAUCUGUACUGCAGGGCUGAGGGAAUCUUUUCUUUUUCCAGAAAGAGAGAAUCUGCCAGGUUUUGUGGAAUAGAAUGAAAACGUCUACUGUAAAGGGGGACUUCCAUUUUUGUUUUGAGAUCUCAGAUCCGACUGGUUGGCUUUUUAGUUCCUGGAGAACCUAUAAGAACUAGAUGAGGAAAUUCCGCUUGGAAGGGAAGGGAAUUGUAGUUUACGGGAAACAAAAGAGCACCCAAAUCUCGUGUUUGAAGCCACCGUAUUUUUCAAGUAGAGAAAUAUUAAAAGGAGCGGGUGUUCAUCAUCUUAAGACAAUAUCUAAAUUUAAUUACAGAAUUAUUUGGGGAGAGGAGUUCUAUCCCUUCCCUCCACACAAUUCUCCCGUGCCUCCCGCCCCUGAAAAAAAAUUCAGGGCUCCGAUUUUAGAAAGUUUAGAAAGAUUGAUUUGGCUGACUUGCCGGCCUGUCUGUAGCUCUGGUUCUCCAAAGAAAAGGAGGAAGAGGAACUGGGGGUUGUAUUGGAGGUAUUUCAGAAAUGCCUCAAAGGUGCUUUUUUUCAAGAGGAAACUGGACUUUUUGGUUCUUUCUUUGAAGACGUUUCGCUCCUCAUCCAAGAAGCUUCUUCAGCUCUGACUAGAUGGUGGGGACUGGAAGUCAGAGCUGAAGAAGCUUCUUGGAUGAGAAGCGAAACAUCUUCAGAGAAAAAACCGGAAAGUCCAGUUGCCUCUUGAAAAAAGCACCUUUGGGACAACCAUGACCUGGGAUGACUGAGAAUCUCCGUGGAUAUUUCAAAAAUGGUUUUCUGCUAACAAAGAGUGGGUUUCUAUGACUCACAGACCCAAAGAUUCGAACUCUUCAAAUUUGACUGUGGCCAGUUACAUACAGGUAGUCCUUGACUUAUGGCCACAAUUGGGGCCAGAAUUCCCGUUGCUAAGCAAGACAACUGUUAAGCGUAGCGUACCUGAUGUUAUGACCUUUUCUCCCUCCCCCCCGGGUUGUUAAGUAAAAUCACUGCAGUUGUUAAAAGUGAAUCAAAUGGUCAUUAAGCAAAUCCGGCUUCCUCCACUGACUUUGCUCAUCACUGGCAUCCUUCAGUCUCAGAAGAUUGUGGUAUCGUGCUCUGGAGAGAGGUCCUAAAACAGCAUCUGGUGUGGCUGAAAAGGCCAAUUUGAGAGUGGCGAUCCCUUCCACACUGAGGGCAGGUACGUUCUGUCCCCUGCCCAGCCCCCAGAUUUCGCUGGUUCCGGGACUGCCUCUUUGCCUCAACCUGCCGAACAAAUGUCUCUUCGAAUUGGAGAAGGCCAUGCUGCGUCUUUAGCCUCCAAGCUCAACAAUCAAGAGGUCAAGGUUUCCCAGUUGUUAAUGUCCAUUCUCGAGGCCUUUAGAGCCCUUUUGCAAAUAUCCUUUUAUGUGGUCUCCCUCUAAGGCAGCGGUCACCAACUGGUGGCCCGUGGACCACUAGUGGUCCACGAGAACAUUUUGGUGGUCCGCAGAAAAAUAAUUUGCAUUUUUUAUAUUGCACUAAAUCAGGGGUCCUCAAACUACGGCCCCCGGGACAGAUACGUACAAUGAACGUUUGUAUUGCUGCAGAGAGUCUCCCCCUUCAAAGUCUUUUUGUGUACAUCGGAGAGGGAUAGAAAUUCCAACUUGGGGUCUGCUUUGGCCUCUUGGUGCAAGGCUUUAGGCGAAGGCUGGAGGGAAGCGCUGCUGGUGGCGAAGAGCUGGAGGGCCUUUUUCCAGUUGGGACUACAUCAUGGCCUGGAACUGGCUGACCAACCUCCAGGCACCGGCACCUGGCCUUGCACUCCCGUCAGAGGCAAGUCUUCCUUCUGCUUGGAAAGCCUAUGCUCCUAGUCCUCAGUGAGGUGCUUCUGCUGAGCCUCCUUCUCGGCCAGAUCCAAUUUGAACUGAACCAGCUGUUUUGCCAACUCUUUCUCAUGGUGGCUGCUUAGCUCCAACAAUUGCUUCCUGUCGGGGGGGCCUAAGGAGCCGGGGAGGGGGGGGGCGAGGCACCCCUCAACGUGAGUGACAUCGAGUUGGCCACACCCACCCAGUCACAUGACCACCUACCCACGCCCACCCAGCCGGUCAUUAGGCAGAUCAUAUUAGUGGUCCGUGGGAUUUAAAAUUAUGAAUUUAGUGGUCCCUGAGAUCUGAAAGGUUGCUCUAUGGCGUUUUCUCUGCACUAAUUAAUUCUCCCUACAGGAGAUAUUUCGGACUCCGACCAUCAGCCAUUCUCACAACAUGCCCAAGCCAGCAUAGAUUUCGCUGUUUCAAUAGUUUAUACAUUGCUAGAAGUUCCAGAAUGUUCCAAGACUGCGCUGUUUGGAACGUUGUCAUGACAGGUGAUGCCAAGAAUACGUCGGAGAUGGCCCAUAUGCGCUGACUUUGCUAAGAAGGUAAUAAAAGGUGUUUAGGUGACCCUGGAAUGCUGCAACCCUACAUGCUGGUCACCAAGUGCCUAAACUUAGACUAUGUGGCUGUGGGGAUGCUGCCUGAGUUACAGGUGGUCCUCGACUUACAACAGUUCGUUUAGUGGCCGUUCGAAAUUACAACGGCCCUGAAAAAAAGUGGCUUAUGGCCAUUUUUCACCCUUAGCGACCAUUGCAGCAUCCCCGUAUUCACAUGAUCUACAUUGGGAUGCUCGACAACGUACUUGGGACUAAUUUUAACAACUGCAGCUGUUCUCUUAACAGCUUGUGGCAGGAAAAGUCAAGAAAAGAACAAGAUUUGCUUGAUGAACGUUGCAAAAAACCAGGUCGUGAAAUCAGGUGCGUUCGUGUGGUACCUCACUUAAUGACUGUUCCAGUCCCAAUUGUGGUCGUAAGUGCAGGAAUACAUACGUGGUUCCAUCUUGGUAGGUUGGCCUACCUGAUCGGUCUUCUGUUCUUCUCUGAUCAGAGUCACAACAUAUUGUUGAGCGGUUGGUUUGGUUUGUCCUUUGGCCCAUUGUACAAAAUCAGCCAGUUGCAAGUAGCCCUCGACUUACAACAGUUCAUUUAGUGACCGUUUGAAGUUACGACGUCACUGAAAAAAAGUGACUUAUGACCGUUGCAGCUUCCCCAUGGUCGCGUGAUCAAAAUUCAGAUGCUUGGCAACUGACUCAUAUUUAUGACGGUUGCGGUGUCCGGCGGGCACGUGUUCCCCUUCUGUGACCUUCCGACCAGCAAAGGGGAAGCUAGAUUCACUUAACAACCAUGCAUAACAAUUGCAGCGAUUCACUUAACUAUGCCAAGAAGGGUCAUAAAAUGGGGGCAAAUCUCACUUAACAACCGUCUCACUUAACAAUGGAAAUUUUGGGCUCAGUUGUGCUUGUUAUCAACAAAUCAAGAUGCAGGAUAAUGUGAAACUAGCUUCCAGUUUUUUCCCCACCGAACAGUUCCGAUCUCUUCUUGGCGUUUGGGUAAAAAUAACAAAUCAUAUAUUUAAUGUUCAGACCAAGGAGCAAAUCUUAGGUACUUUUUUUUAAAAAACAAAAAACAGAUGAAGACGAAAGUCUUGGUUGAAAAAAAUUAAAAUCCUUACAGGUUCUAGCCGAGAGGCAGGCUUUAAAACUGAGAUAUCCAAUUACAUUCCAUGUGCAAUUUGGAAGCCUAGUUUGAUUUGAUAUCUCCCAGCUGGUGGGGGGGGGCACUUCUACUCUUCCAGCUAAACUAUUUAUUUUGGAAGUAAUAACCGGCCCUAUUAAAAGAGAGGGGUCUGGCUUUGUCCGAUUAAGAGAGAUCUCCAAAAUAAAAAUGUCAUUCGCUUUUCCAUCUA